AUGGAGACUGAGGCGACCGAGACGACGACGACCGCAGCCGCGACGGCUCUGAGCGUAGCAGAAGGACGGCGAAGGCGGGAGCGGAAGCCGACGGCGACGGCGACGCGGUGGCCCGACUUUGAAGCGCGGACGACGUACGAGCCAUCGACAGGCGUGCCGCGGUCAUAUUUCCUAGGCCACCACCGGGCAGCGCUGGACCACAUGCGGCGGGUAUUGGCGACCGUUGGGCUGGUGAUUGAGUGUCGGGAUCUGCGGGUGCCGCUGACGGCGUGGAACCCGCUGCUGGAGACGUCGCUGUCGUCGGGCGUGGCGACGGAGGAGGAGAGAAGCAGCAGCAGUGGUCGAGGGGAUGAGGGCCAAAGCAAGACGGGCGGCGUGGCCGGCCUGGCGAGUCUUUCCUCGGCCGGUCCCCUGGCCUCGUUUCUGCCGUCGGCCCAGACUGACCGCAUGCGGAUCAUCGUGUACACGAAGCGGGAUCUGGUCGUGGAUGAGUCAGCGGGCGGAAGAAGGUCGCAACGAUCCCAGGCCGCGGCCUCGCUGUCGCCCUCGUCAGCCGACCUUCGUCGGCUGGCCGGCUUCCACCGAAACGAGGCCGACGCGGUUCUCUUCAUGGGCGGCGGCGACGAGCAGGGCACGGCAGCCGCUGGCGCCGUCGCCCGACGCGAGGCCUCGCGGCUCGUGGCGGCCGUCCGGGCAGCCGCCCAGCGCCACGGCCAGCAGUCGUUGACGGGUCUGCGCGCGCUGGUCGUCGGCAUGCCCAACGCUGGCAAGUCGACGCUGCUGAACCGGCUGCGCGCUCAUGGCAUGGCGGAUCCGUCGCGACGGGCCCGGGCUGCCAAGACCGGCUCGCAGCCGGGCGUCACCCGGAAGCUGGGCACGCCCACCCCGACUUCCUCCGACGAUACCCUCCUCCUCAUGGACACCCCCGGCGUCUUUGUCCCCUACGUCCAGGACCCCGAGAGCAUGCUGAAGCUCGCCCUCGCCGGCUGCGUCCGCGAAGGCCUCGUCCCGUCCGUCGCCCUGGCCGACUACCUGCUCUUUCAGCUGAACCGCCGCGAUCCUGCUCGCUACGUCGACGCCUUCGGCCUCCGGCAACCCACCACCGACGUUCACGUCCUGCUCGACGCUGUCGCUCGUCGCACCGGAAAACUGGCCCGCCACGGCGAGCCCGCCCUCGAUGCCGCCGCCCUUCACCUCGUCCACGCCUGGCGUCGCGGCCGUCUUGGCCGCUUCUGCCUCGACGACCUCGACCCUGACUCUCUCGCUGCCGCCCGCGAUGCUGCCCGCCGCGGCUCUCCACUCUCCCUCAAUCAGGCUCGUCGCCGCGAGAAGGAGCGCCGCAAGGCUCGCCAGGCUGCCCGCCAUAGCGGCAUCGUCUUCACCGAGACUGGUUCAACGGCUUAG